CUAUCUAUCUAUGGUUUUUCAGUAGUAGCCAUUUGUUAUCAUUUUAUUCAAGUGAAUAUCUGACAAAAAUCAAAAUGUUGCGCUCAGCUUCAGGCAAAUUGAUUAAUGUUUUCAAACAAUCACUUAUUCCCUCAUCCAGGGUCAGUGCCGUGAUCCCCGCACGUCUUUCUCAUGGAGGACCAGUGGAAUCUGAUGAAGAAUUUGAUAGCAGGUAUGAAGCAUUCUUCAACAGGAAAGACAUUGAUGGCUGGGAAAUCCGCAAGGGAAUGAACGACCUCUGUGGUAUGGACCUUGUGCCUGACCCGAAGAUCAUCAAGGCGGCCCUCCAGGCCUGCCGAAGGGUUAAUGACUACGCCCUAGCAGUCAGGUUCUUAGAAGCAUGCAAAGACAAGUGUGGGCCCAAAGUUACUGAGAUCUACCCAUACAUCAUUCAAGAAAUCAAGCCUACACUAACGGAGCUUGGCAUUGAAACUCCUGAGGAACUUGGAUAUGAUAAACCAGAAUUAGCUUUAAAGAAUGUGUAUGAGGUAUAAGCAUACUGCAAUAUUGUUGGUAGAAAAAUUAUAUUAUAGUUUCAUCAAACUUAAUUUAUGUAAGUCUACAUUGAGAAUCAACAGUCAAUCUAAUGUAUAAAGAGUAAGAAAAAUAAAUCAUGUUUGAUUUACUAUAACCCUA